UGUCUCCCAUGAGUCUUUGCGCCUGGCUCUAGGAGGAGCAGCAGCUGCCGCAGGGGCUGACGGGAGCCUGGUCAAGUUGAGUGGCUUGUGGAAAGAAAAUGGCGGAGAGCGAAGAGCGAGCGGCGGAGGAGGAGGCGGCGAAGAAGAGGAGGCCCCGGGCGCUGCAGCUGGUACGAACUGAAGGCUCAGAUAAGAGCUGUGUCACAUUUGUGCUCCACGAUGAGGACCACACUCUUGGCAACUCCCUUCGGUACAUGAUCAUGAAAGACCCUGAAGUGGAAUUCUGCGGUUAUAGUAUCACACAUCCUUCUGAAAGCAAAAUCAACUUCCGUAUUCAGACCAAAGAUGGUGUCCCUGCUGUUGAAAUGUUCCAGAAGGGGCUAGAAGAACUCAUGGGAGUGUGCCAGCAUGUACUAACCACAUUUGAGCUAUUUUUCUGGGAAGUGUGGAGAAUUCUGGCUUAAAUCCAAAGGAGAAGAUACAUGGUAAAGAAACGUCUAACUUCUGUAGGAUUAUGGUGGAGAGAGCUUGCAAUCCUACUUCAUCGCUCUAUGCACCUGAAAGCCUGCUCUGGAGUUUGGGGAAACCCUUUGGAGCUGGUUUUUGGGCAGCAGAGAUUAAGGGAAGGAUAUCUUAUGCUGGUGGUGCAGCAGUGGAUACUGGACCUAGACUUGUUUUAAAAUGGGGUAUUCUGUAACAUGAGGAAAGUAACUUGAAAGAGAACAAUGAAACUUUUACAUCUUACUGUGAGACCCAAGAAAAGGAAUUUGUUGGCAUUCAACUUGUACAUGCUGACUGUCUGUCAAUCCGUCUUUAUUCACCAGCAGUCUGAUUUUUCUUGAGUGUUAAUGUCCCCAGUCUCCAGUCUUUUAUGGUCUCAAAAUACAUAUUUUAAUUUGUCUCUAAAAUGCAUUUGCUUAAAAAUCAAACUUGAAAUGUUUUCCUUAUUUGUCUGAGCAGCUGGUUACUGAGAUGUUUAAUAAGUCCAAGCCACAUUAAAAAAAAAUUAAUCUCUUUUUUUAAACAAGGUAGCAGGUAUUUCAAAACUGCAUUGCACUAAAAUGGAAUUAGGUUGCAAGUAGGUAGUGGGGUUGGGAGAAUGUAUCAUUUUGAGAGACUAGCUUUUAAUAAAACAAAUUUCUAGUCCUUCAGCCCACAGAUAUAGCCUCACUGUAGGGAUCAUAACUUAGUGACAGCGCAUCUGCUUUGUAUUCAGAAGGUCCCAGGUUUCAUCCCUGCAAUCUCCAGACAGGGCUGAGUAAGCCCUGUGUGAAACUCUGGAGAGCCACUGCCAGUGAGUGUAGAUAAUACUGGGCUGUAUGGCUCAAUGGUGUGACCUCAUAUGUUACUGGGUUUCAAGAAAAGGUAUGCAGCUCUGAAAGUCCCAGUUUCAAUCCUUGUAAUCUCCAAUUGAAAGAAGCAAGUAGGAGGUGAUGGGAAAGAAACUUCUCUACUUGCGACCCCAAAGACUUGCUUCCAGCCAGAGUGGACAACACUGGACUUUCAAAGGUAAAUGAUUCAACUUGAUGUGAGACAGUUUUGUGUGUGUUCAGUCAAGGCAAGCAGUCACAUGGUACCUGCCAAAAGGGGGUUGCAACUUACACUAUCCCUUAUGUGUUAGACUCUGGAACUCAGGGAAUUGUCUGUGUGACAUCUGUGUUCUCUAGAGAAAUGUGUGAGAUCAAUGAAUUCACUAGAGGUAUUAAGUAUUUAGUAGAUUCCAGACUUCCCUUCUCCUUGGUCUGCUGUUAAUAAGAAAGUAUCCACAUCUUUCAAACUUGGGAAAUGUUUCAUUCAUGCUGAGCUGAAAGAAUGGCAAGGCUCUGAAUGUCACCGUUUGCUAUACAAUGGCUCUGUACUCAUACCAAUUGACAGACAUUGUCCCAGGCAUGGACUGAUGAUAUCCCCCACCUUGGAAACGGUUGGGUCAGUUACAACGCUAUACUCAGGGUUUCACAAUGAGGCUGCUUCUUUCAGGCUCUUCUCUGAGUAUUUCCAUGUCACUGAGACAGAGGGGGAGAAAGCUGACUUCUUGAAAAGUUAGGACACAGCUGCAAUUUAUUAAAUGUGUG